GUCGAAUCUCGUUCGUUUCCCAGAAAACCCACAUUAUUCCACUCUCUCUUCUCACUGUAUUUUUUCCCCUUUUCAUUAUCAUUCUAGGGUUUUCUUAGGGUUCCUACCUUUUCUGCUCGAAAUCUCUCUCUAUCUCUUUAUAUAUUUGUAGUUGGUCUAAUUUUUUCUUUGAUUUUCACUUAAUUUACGGAUUUUAACCAUGGGAGGAGGAAGAACUGUUGUUUCAGACGAUGAAGAUGAGAUCGAAGAGGAAGAGGGGAGAGAAACUCUUGAUGCAGAUGCGGUUGAUGCCGGUGAUAGAGAUGAGGAUGAAGAUGAGGAAGACGAUGAGGAAGGGCAAGAUGAGUAUGAGAAAGAUGGGUUUAUAGUAGACGAUGUUGAUGAAGAAGAUCAGGAUGAAGAAGAGAAUAGGGCAAGUAGUGACGAGGAGAAACAGAAGAAGAAGAAAAGGAAAAAGAGAGAAUCUGAGAAGAAUUAUGUCUUAGAUGAGGAUGACUAUGAGUUACUGCAGGAUAACAAUGUGGGCUUUCACCGUCCUGCACCAGGAAGCAAAAAGUUCAAGCGACUGAAGAAAGCAGGGAGGGAUAAUGAUUUGGACGAGCAUACUGGUUUAUCUGACAAUGAUGAAGCGGAUAGAAGUGGUCGUAAGGGAAGAAGUGCUGAGGAAAAGAUCAAGAACAGUCUAUUUGAUUAUGAGGAAGCUCAACAUCUUGAGGAUGUUGUUGAGGAAGAAGAUGAAGCAGUUAGCUUAGAGGAGGAUGAUAUGGAUGAUUUUAUUGUGAGUGAAGAGGAAUAUGAUGAGCAUGGAGCUCUUCCAAGGAGGAAGAAGACACACAAAAAGAAAGCGAGACAAGCGCCCGGAGUUUCAUCUUCUGCAUUGCAGGAAGCUCAUGAUAUAUUUGGUGAUGUUGACGAGCUCUUAAUGCUUCGGAAGAAGGGCCUGGAAAAGAGUAGUAGGUAUGAAGAUUCUAGAGAAAAGAGGAUUGAAGAUGAGUUCGAACCAUUUAUUCUCUCAGAGAAAUAUAUGACUGAGAAGGAUGAAGUAAUAAGAGACCUUGAUGUGCCCGAGAGAAUUCAGAUAUCUGAAGAAAGCACUGGUUCUGCUUCAACGGAACAAAUGCUUAUAGAAGAUGAGAGCUCAUGGAUAAUUAACCAACUUAAUGCUACUAUGGGAUCCCUGUUUGGCGAUUCGGAUUUUGGCGAACAAAAUGACGAGGAGCGGAUGGAAAAGUUGCAGAAAGCUAAAGGGGAUGUAUUAAAGCUGUUGGAACUGAUGCAUGUGCAGAAGCAUGAUAUUCCCUUCAUUGCCAUGUACAGGAAGGAGUUGUGUUCUGUACUGCUGAAAGACCCAGAUCAAAAUGAAAGUACUGUUGGUGAAGAGAAGGAAAAAGGAACACGUAAGCUGAAGUGGCAUAAGGUGCUUUGGGCCAUCAAGGAUUUGGAUAGGAAGUGGUUGCUUCUCCAAAAGCGAAAGAAAGCUCUCCAAGCAUACUAUUUUAAGCGCUAUGAUGAAGAGUCUAGGAGGAUUUAUGACGAAACAAGACUAAACUUGAAUCAGAAGCUUUAUCAUUCGAUUGUCGACUCUCUUAAGAGUGCUGAAUCCGAGCGAGAGGUUGAUGAUGUUGAUGCGAAGUUUAAUCUGCAUUUCCCUCCUGGUGAAGUUGGUGUGGAUGAAGGACAAUUCAAGAGGCCAAAGCGGAAAACACAAUAUAGUAUCUGCAGCAAGGCCGGCCUAUGGGAAGUAGCAAGUAAGAUAGGGAGUAGCUCCGAGCUCUUUGGUUUGCAUCUUACUCUAGAAAAGAUGAGACUGGAUGAGUUGGAGGAUGCUAAGGAAACUCCCGAGGAAAUAGCUUCAAAUUUUACAUGUGCAAUGUUUGAGAACCCUCAGGCUGUGCUCAGAGGUGCGAGGCACAUGGCUGCGGUGGAACUAAGCUGUGAGCCGCGUGUAAGGAAACAUGUGCGCAAUAUUUUUAUGGAGAAAGCUGUAGUUUCAACUAGCCCUACCCCUGAUGGGAAUGUCGCUAUUGAUUCUUUUCAUCAGUUUGCUGACAUAAAGUGGUUAAGUCAAAAGCCACUGACAAAAUUUGAAGAUGCUCAAUGGCUUCCGAUCCUAAAGGCUGAAGAAGAGAAACUUAUUCAAGUUUCUUUGAAGUUGCCUGAGGAAGAUCUGAAUAAGUUACUAGGUGAAUGCAAUGAAAAUUAUCUCAGUGAGGGGGUAAGCAAGCCUGCUAAACUCUGGAAUGAACAACGCAAAAUGAUAUUGGAAGACACAUUUAAGCAAGUUCUUCCUCUGAUGGAAAAGGAAGCGCGAUCUGUAUUAAAUGCUAGGGCAAAGAACUGGCUUAUUAUGGAGUACGGGAAGCACUUGUGGGAUAAGGUGUCUGUGGCACCUUAUCAAGGGAAGGAAGCUGAUGUUGGUCCAGAUGAUGAAGCGGCACCAAGAGUGUUGGCUUGUUGUUGGGGACCUGGAAAGCCAGCUACCACUUUUGUGAUGUUGGGUUCAUCAGGUGAAGUACUGGACGUAUUGUAUGCAGGUUCACUUAGCCUUCGGUCUCAGAGUGUUACUGACCAGCAGCGGAAGAAAAAUGAUCAACAACGUGUUCUUAAGUUCAUGACCGAUCAUCAGCCGCAUGUUGUGGUUCUAGGAGCUGUUGCAUUGUCUUGUACGAAGCUGAAAGAGGAUAUUUUCGAGAUCAUUUUUAAGAUGAUUGAGGAAUACCCUAGAGAAAUUGGUCAAGAGAUGGAGGAGUUAAAUGUUGUUUAUGGGGACGAAUCCCUGCCCCGUCUUUAUGAGAAUUCACGGAUUUCGUCUGACCAGCUACCAGGCCAGCCAGGGAUUGUCAGGCGUGCUGUUGCGCUUGGUCGGUACCUUCAGAAUCCUUUGGCAAUGGUUGCAACACUUUGUGGACCAGGGAAGGAGAUACUGUCUUGGAAGCUCGACUCGUUAGAUCAUUUUCUUACCCCUGAUGAGAAAUACGAUAUGGUUGAACAAGUGAUGGUAGAUGUCAUCAAUCAAGUUGGCAUUGAUAUAAACUUGGCUGCGAGUCAUGAGUGGCUGUUUUCCCCUUUACAGUUUGUCUCUGGUCUUGGUCCUAGAAAAGCAGCUUCGUUGCAGAGGGAAUUAGUAAGAUUAGGAGUGAUCACUACUCGUAAGGAACUUGCACCUCUUCUUAAAAGGAAAGUGUUUAUCAACGCAGCUGGUUUUGUACGUGUUCGUCGAAGUGGAUUAGCUGCUAAUAGCCACCAUAUCAUUGAUUUGCUGGAUGAUACAAGAAUUCAUCCCGAGUCGUAUGAACUUGCGAAGAGGAUGGCAAAAGAUGUUUUUGAUGCAGAUGAUCUGGAUGAUUCAAAUGAUGCAGACGAAGAUGCACAAGAGAUGGCGAUAGAGCAUGUUAGGGAGAAGCCAAAUUUUCUGAAAGCACUAGAUAUCAAUGAAUAUGCUCGUUCACGCAAUGCCAUUGACAAGCUAGAGACUUUGAAGGAUAUAAAGAAUGAAUUGCUACAUGGUUUUCGAGACUGGCGUACUCCAUACAGAGAACCGGAUCAAGACGAAGAGUUCUAUAUGAUUUCUGGUGAAACUAAAAAUACCAUUGCUGAAGGGAGAAUUGUACAGGCAACGGUGCGCAAGGUGCAACCCCAAAGACUCAUCUGCGUACUUGAAUCUGGUUUGACUGGGUGGGUUAUGAGUGAUGACUAUUCGGAUCACAAUAGGCAGAUUGACUUGACUGAGGAAGUGAAUGAAGGCGAUAUUGUUACCUGCAAGAUUAAGUCAAUUCAGAAGAACAGGUACCAGGUAUAUCUCACUUGCAAAGAAAGUGAAUUGAAAAGAGACCGAUAUAGAAGCUCCCAAAACCAUGAUCCUUACUACAAACCAGAUGAGAGCAGCUUACACACCGAGAAAGAGAAGGCACGCAAGGAGAAGGAGCUCGCGAAGAAACAUUUUAAACCAAGAAUGAUUGUGCAUCCCCGUUUUCAGAAUAUCACAGCUGAUGAUGCGUUUGAGUUCCUCUCAGACAAGGAACCAGGUGAAAGCAUUAUCCGUCCCAGCUCCAGGGGGCCAUCUUUUUUGACAUUGACUCUGAAAGUUUAUGAUGGAGUUUAUGCCAACAAAGACAUAGUUGAAGGUGGAAAGGAUCACAAGGACAUCACAAGCUUGCUCCGUCUUGGGAAGACCUUGAAAAUAGGAGAUGAUACUUUUGAAGACUUAGAUGAGGUAAUGGAUCGUUAUGUCGAUCCAUUGGUAGGCCAUCUGAAGACUAUGCUGAGCUAUCGCAAAUUUAAGAAGGGCUCUAAAGCUGAAGUAGAUGAUGUUUUAAGGGUGGAGAAAUCUGAGUAUCCAAUGAGAAUUGUUUACUGCUUUGGCAUUUCUCAUGAACAUCCUGGAACCUUCAUUUUAUCUUAUAUAAGGAGUACAAAUCCACACCAUGAGUACAUUGGCCUGUAUCCUAAGGGCUUCAAAUUCCGCAAACGGACAUUUGAGGACAUUGAUCGGCUUGUAGCAUAUUUUCAGAAACACAUUGAUGAUCUGCAACAUGAUUCUGGUCCAUCUAUAAGGUCAGUUGCUGCUAUGGUACCCAUGAGAAGUCCUGCGAAUGGAGGUUCCUCUGGUGGCUGGGGUGGCUCAACCACAAACAGCAAUGAUGGUGGUUGGAGAGACAAUUCAAAUUUGGACAGAGAUAAAUCUUCCACACCUGGUUCAAGAUCAGGUAGAGGUGACUUCAGAAAUGGAGGAGGCAGAGACCACCCAAGUGGAGUGCCAAGGCAUUAUGGUGGUGGUGGGCGUGGAAGGGGACGUGGUAGGGAUUCAUACAAUGGUGGUGGUAGGGGAAACAAUGAUAGACAGGAUUCUGGUGGUUGGGGUGGCGGAAGUAGUGGUGGUGGCGGUAGUGGUUGGGGAAGUGGUGGCUGGGGUUCACCUGGCGGCACCAAAGAUGCUGAUGCAAUGGAUACCAGUGGUAAUGAUGCUGGGAACAAUUCUGGAUGGGGCGGAGGAUCUAAAAAGAGCAGUUCAACUCAGCAUGAAGGCGGAAGUGGAUGGGGUGGUGGUGGUGGUUGGUGAGGAUCUCGGCUUGGUUGUCUUUUUUCUCUUGGGAUUGAGAAAUAGAUGAAUGUUUUAGCGAUGCCUUGAAAUGGGUUGAUUUUGUAACAGGUCUUUUCCAUGUGAAUGGAUUCCUGUUUCUUCCAAGAGAGUUUCUGGAGUUGUAUAUAUUUUUGAAUUUGAACAGAAUUAAGAGAUGUUGUAAAACUGACUGAAGAACCCAUCCUGGAAGUUUAAACGGUGUAAACAGAAGUUCUCUUUUGGUAUAUGAUUAUGAUUUGCAUAGAUAAGGGUAAUCAUAUAAUUCCA